AAGAUGAAGGAACACGAAUGUAAAAAGAUCACGUCAGCGGAAACUCCAUCGUUCUUCAAUACAGUGGACAAAGUGCUAAAUCUAAUGCAUGUGACGUUAAAAGAAGCAAAAUACAUUAUGACUAUAGUGAUGGAUCUCAAUGUUAUAUCGCUCGCGCUUCAAAUCAUUUGUUUAGCAGGUAACAUUUUAUCAAGGACGCUAUUAGGCAGAAGAGCGGAGAGAAACGAAUAUGCAUGUAACAACAGAUAUUCGUUUAAUUUGAAAGAUUACAUAACGCUGGAUAAGAAAAUUGAAAAGAAAGGGCGAGGCGAUGAAAAAAAGCUGCGGCGUAUGCUGGAGGCCUCGUACUUGAUCCGAAGAAAGGUUUCUAUGACAAGCUGGGACUGCUGAUGGGCUUCAAUUUUUGGUAUUGUACAAGAUGUAUUAA